AUGGUAUCUUCGUCCUCAUCUUCGUCUUCAUCAAAGAAUCCCAAAAAGAGUUCGUCAAGCUCCAAGAGCUCUUCUUCCGCCAUCAAUAAUGGGAUUCCUUCUGCCCCAACGAGGAAAAUGAGUAGUAUGAGUUCUUUCCAACCUACAUUGAACUUCAAAGCUACUCCCAAACCUGUCACUUCGUCCGUACAAUCACAAUCUUCCACUCCAACCUCGUCAACGUCAACCUCCACUUCUGCCUCAUCUAGCUCGUCCAGUACAUCAAGAGCUGAAGAAGAUCGGAAACUCAUGCCACCGCCCCCUCCAGGAGUGAAAGCUAAAUCUGUACAGUCGCCGUCGAGCGAUCCGAAGGGUAAGAAGAGGGAGAUUAUCGUGAUUGACGAUGAUGACGACGAAGAAGAAGCAAGGCGCUUCCAGCCAGAUUCAGUCGAAGCUGAUACGGCUCAAAUGUGGACCGAGCUGUAUGCUCCCAAUAAUGAGAAUGAAUUAGCACCUGGUAAAGCGCGUAUAACAAAAGUCAAAAAUUGGUUACAUGAAUCACUAUUUGGAUAUCCCUUUGAUUCUCCUCCGCCUCCAAGAGGAUUUAAUGUAGAUAAAUUGAGAAAGUACAAAAGAAUUCUGUUCCUUACUGGACCUGCAGGUACGGGUAAAACAACGACGAUGAGAUUGUUGUGCGAGAGUCUAGGUGUAGAAGUUAUGGAAUGGGGUGAAGGUGUUAAAGAAUGGAGUCUAGGUGGUGGUAUCGAUAGGGAAUCAUCUAUAUCGAAAUUCAAUACAUUCAUUUCUCGACAUUCGUUUCCUUCAUUAUCCAUGUCCACUCAAUCGACAUCAACUCAAUCUUCACCUUCUUUAACAGCAAGUAAACCAAGAUUGAUCUUAUUAACUUCUUUACCUAACCUCUCGCAUCAAUCCACAAGAGAAUCAUUCCAUUCUUCGCUUCUCACUUUUUGCCAAACCUUUACAAGUCUCAGCUGUCCAAUGGUGAUAGUGCAUAGUGAUGCUGGAUCAGGAGGAAGAGCAGAAGAAAGUUGGAUGGAACGCGAAAGGGGUGGUAGGGAAGGAGCUCUGGAAGUUUUAGGAAGAGAUGUAAGGGAUGGUCCGUGGUGUCAGGAAAUCGACUUCUUACCACUCGCUCCAACUUUUCUCAAUAAAGCUCUAAUGAGAGUGUUGCAAACUGCUAUUCCGAAAGCUGUAAAUAGACCCUCGCAUUCAACUGUGCAAUUAAUCGCUCUUUCAUCAAACGGAGAUCUCAGAUCAGCUAUAAAUUCUUUGCAGCUAUUAUGUCAAGGAAGGAAAGAAGUCAAGGGCAAAAAGCGCAAAAUACGGGAUGGCGAAGAAGAAGAUGCGGAUAUUGAACUUGGGCCUAAAAAGAGAGGUUCUGGAAAGGGAAGCAGAGGUGGUAAAGGAGCGAAAUUGGAUGUCAGUAAAGAUCUGAGAGCUGUACUCGACGCUGUGACGAGAAAAGAACAGUCAUUGAACCUGUUUCAUGCUCUUGGCAAAGUGUUCUAUAACAAACGCCUUGAUGAUCCUAAAAUCGAGGAUGAAGAUGAGGAACUCUUACAGCGCAUUCGACGAUUGCCGCCGGACGAACCACUGCCACCUCAUUUACGAGAGUUCAAGAGGCGCAAAUCUCUAGUUCAAAUGGAGGCGUUCAUUCCUACGAUUCCUGUUGAUGCUUCUUCAUUCGCUCUCUGGAUUCAUCAAUCAUUCCCUAAUUAUUGUCAGGAGAUUGAACAGGUCUCUCUCGGAUUGGACGAGCUCUGCGCUGCUGAUAUCAUGAGAACAGAUGAUGAUAUUUGGCAAUCCAGCACACAAGCAAUCUCUUACGCUCUGCAUCUAACAGUCAGAGGGACAUUGAUGGCGCUACCAAGUCCUGUUCCAAGGAAAUCACAAAAAGUCACUAAACCCCAAUUCUUCGAAUCGUUUCGACUUGAGCGAGAUAACACUUCCGCAUUGGAUCAUGUAGCAGGAUAUAUCACGAAGAAAGGUGUUAUGGCAAGUGAUACAUACGCUGACGGCGGUUCCCGUGACGAUUCGGAAGAUGGAUUAGGUGUUUGGGGAGGGAUGGUAAAUAAGAGGGUUCUGGCGGGAGAGUUGGUACCUAUGAUGGUAAAAUUGCAGACUUUAAGCAGGAAACCCUUUUUACCUUCUUCUGCUCAGCCACUGAGUUUGCCACCAUAUAACGCUUUUUCAGAUUCAAGGGGUAUAGCAGAAUUGACAGCAAAAGAUGAACCUGAACAAGACGAAUAUGACUCGACGGCAGGAGGUGGUGAUGAUGGAUUAGGUAGUAUAUCUUCUACACAAGCAUGGGAUGAUGACGAUACUUUGAUCAUCACCGAAAACGGUGAAGGAAGAGAUGCGAAAGCGAAAGACGAGGAAGACUGGUUAAUGAAUGAUGAUAUUGAUGAUUGGGAUUAA